GUCACUCCCAUACCUAACUGCCUGUGGUAGCAGUUUUAAAGAGGGCGUUCAGAGUUCUCUUACAGUUUCCUUUAUGAGACACAGAUUACUUGCAACAAAAGCCUCAGCAUCGCCAACAGUAGACCAGGCUGGUCAUGAAGACCUAAAACUGAGUGAUUCGUGCGUCAAAAGACUAAAAGAAAUAGGAGCAAAUGGUGACUCUCAUUUACGCAUCUUUGUUGAAGGAGGUGGUUGUUCUGGUUUCCAGUACAAAUUCGAGCUUGACUCCAAGAUUGAAGAAGAGGACAGAAUAUUUGAGAGAGAUGGAGUCAAAGUCAUCAUUGAUAAAGACUCUUUGGAAUUAGUAAAAGGAUCAACUAUUGACUACUACCAAGAACUGAUCAGGUCUUCUUUUAGAAUCUUAGACAAUCGACAGGCAGAGCAGGGAUGUUCGUGUGGUGCAUCGUUUUCCAUUAAACUGUAA